AUGAAACAGCUGCUAUUUCCGGAAGAAGGCUCUGGUGCUUCAUCGACUACGGAUUUAUUUGGUUCGAAUGAUAUACCGACGCCGGUAAUAAAUUCACUUGGUGGAAACUUACACCAGGUAAAUGAUAGCCAAAUUAAUAAACUAAUCAAUUUGAAGUUUAAUGGCCAACCAGUGUCAUUAAUUAGACAGCUUUCGUAUGACUUGGCACUAAAGGAACUGGAAUUGAUUCUACUUCGAAAGGAAAAGUUUCAAAGAGAACAAGAAUUACUAAAGAUGUGCAAUGAGUACGGCAAUUUGAGUAGCUUGGAAAUAGAUCAGAAACUAAAUUCGUUAAAAGUAGAUGAGAAUGUUGAUAAAGUACUACUGGGUCUUAUUAAACAUGCGAUAAAUGAAGAUAUGAAGAGCGAAAUACCGCACGAUUCUAUUGAAAGCGAAAUAAUUGAAGAUGAAGCUACCAAUAAAUUUGGUCCGGUUUCUACAACGCCAACUAGACCGGCCGGAUGGAUUAGUGAUUGGUUCAAAGAACCAUACAAGCGUCAUUCAUCUUCAAGCUUGACGUUGGAUAAAGAAACAAUGAAAACGAGAGACUCUAGAUUGAGCUAUUCAUAUUUGGACUCGUCACUGUCAUCGAUUCCAGCCACUGAAAAUACUUCAGAUACCAGAAUACCAGUAGAGUUAGACACAAUAAAUAAAAUGGAUAUUCCCAAGACUCCAGAUAUAUCCAUUAAUGCCAGCGUUGAUAAAUAUGGGUUCUUUAAUGACAUGAAUGAAUUUGCCGAUAAAAGUACAUUGGAAAGCUCAGUAGGCAAGGAGCCUGAAUCUCUGUCAGACGAAAGAAUUGUCAAUAAUGAAUCCAAAUUUAGCAUAACCGAGACGAAUCCUUUAGAAGUUAAGGGGACCACCAAUGUUCGACUGGUUAAACCUAGUAUAGACAAAUUGAAAGAAAUCGGACAGUUACAUGAUGCAAAGAAUAAGCAGUUUGAAUUUUCAUGGGAUCAAUUCAUCAAAGAUCUGAUUAAGGUAUACUACAAAUAUGCAGAUCUUAAUGUGCAACCUCAGGACAUCAAUUAUCAUGCAGCUAUCUCGGGGCAUGAAAUAUUUGGUGCCCAGGGGCUCAAUCUUAUCAAACUCGACAAAUCACAAUCGAAAUUUGGAUCAAACUCCAAUGCUCCUCAUGAAAUAGGAAGCCUUAAGACUCUCCGUAAAUUGGUAAGUGAGAAUGGUAUUCCCCUCAAAUACAGAUGUAAUCUCUGGCUCGAAUUGUCGGGUGCGAAAAAUCUUCGGGUACCAGGAGAGUUGCACAACCUCAUUAAGGGAGCCAAAACCACAACCAGCGACGCUGUCAAAUCCAAUAUCCAUCAGAUUGAUCUUGAUUUGCAUAGAACGCUACCUUCAAAUAUCUAUUUCAACGACUUGGUCAACAGCCAGCCCGGGCCCAACUUUUACAAAUUACAGAACGUUCUCUACGCAUUCGUGGCCUACAACUCCGAUAUUGGAUACUGCCAGGGUAUGAAUAAGAUUGUUGGAAACCUCUUGCUUGGAGAAAAUAAACUAACAGAAGAGGACAUUUUCUGGAUAUUUACGGCGUUUGUGGAGGACAUAUUACCCAAAUACAAUGGGUAUAACUUCUUCAGCAUACAUUCGCUUCCAGUUAUUCGAGUGGACCAGAAAAUCAUGCGCCUUCACUACUUCCCUCGUCUAUUACCCAAGUUAAAUGCCCAUUUCUCCACAUUGAACCUCCAGAUUGAAUACAUCACCUUGAAUUGGUGGCUCCUGUUGUUCACUGACGGUUUGCCGUUGGAAAUAUGGUUUAAGCUCUUUGACAACUUCUUGGUGACCAACGUUGAAAUCACCCUAAUCACCUUAUCGCUCUCAUUGUUCAAGAUAUUCGAAAAGUACUUACUUGCGUCGCAAUCGUGUAACGACAUUUAUCUCGUCAUGAAGAACUUUUCUACCCUCAAGCCGUCCAAGAUCAAAAUUAAGUACCACGAACUCAUGGCCGUUAACACUACAUUUGAAAGGAAAAUCACUAGAGAGGACCUUCACACCCUCCGAAAACUAUAUAAAGACUAA